AUGUUUCCCAAAUUCCUAUUACCGUCUAUAAUCUUCCAUCCAAGGAGCCACAAUGCCAACCACCGGCCUUCAACAAUCAAAGCAGAUACUCAUGGUAAUGGGAACAAUAGAUAUCUUACUGGGCAUGUGUCAUGUCUCCGGUGCUCCAAAUGUGGAGCCGAGUUGUGCCUCAAGGCUCAAAUCAUCAGCAAAGGGUUUACUGGUCGUCAUGGCCGCGCGUACCUCGCCGAAUCGCUGCCUAACACUGUGAUGCAGCGACCAGUUCCACGCCAAUACGUCACCGGGCUUCAUACGGUCUGCGACAUCAGUUGUGCAUUCUGCGGUAGUGUGCUUGGCUGGAAGUAUGUCUCCGCCGAGGAAGAGUCCCAACGAUACAAGGUCGGAAAGUUUAUUUUGGAAACAAAACAAAUAGCUAUGUCGUCAUCAUGGGAGUCACCGUGCAAUACUAAUCAGCCUGUAUCGCCUGGCCACCUGAGCUCUGAGCCCUCGGAAAACAUAAAUUGUGAUGAGCACAUCGGGUUUGACGGCCAAGAUGAGGAUGAAUGUGAAGACAUAUUUGCUGGGAUAUGGAGUCCGAGUUUGGCUCUGCGCCGAAGGAGUCGGAAGUUGGAUCGCUAUCUCCCGUUGUUUCGGUUCCCGUCUUGA